GCAAUAGUAUAUUACAUUGAUCUGUGGGAAAUAACCAACGUUAAUGUUGUUAAUGAGUGAUGCUGCUUCUCAUUACUCAAAACACAUGGUAGAAACCUCUUGUAAGGCAUUACAGCUAACAACUUGAACAUGCAGUACUGUUAGGCCUUUUUACUUUGGAAUAUUUAUAAUUCAGCACUUCAAGAAGACAUGUAGAUAUAAAUAAAAGAAAGCAAAACCUUUUCUAAGAUGACAAAUUGCUUUGAACCUACAGUUUAUGCUCUUGUUUCCAGUAAAACCUUAUAGAUGCUUCUCAUUCCUGCUGACUUUAUAAAAGGACAUCAACUAUCCUCAAUAUAUUAGUGGAGUAUAGUGGAGCUACACAAACAGUGACAUGAAUUAUAUUUCUUCCUCCAGCCCAUGAACCCAUGUCUCAGGGAACAGCGUCAACACUGUGUGGACAGAGGCAACAUGGCACCAUAAUGGGAGUCAUGUGGAUCUGCUUGUUGAAGGAGGAGGCUGAAAAAUAUCUCAUCUGUCCGUUAAGAGUGUCUGUCUUGUGGAUGUGGAGCUGAAUGUCAAGACAUCACAUCUCACCACGAUGAAACUCAGGUUGGGACAGAAAGAGUUUCACAACACAGUCAAUGGAGACAUCCGCUGGAAUCUAACCUUAGGUAAAGAGAGAAGGUGAGUGCUUACAAAUCCUGGCGUGUGGGUACCUGUUUAUAUUGAACGACUUAACUCCACUUUAAUGUGAAAAAACAUUUAUCUUUUGUGUAUCUCCUCCAAAGGUUAGGUUUAUUGUCUUCUAAAGGUCAGCCAUCAUUAUUUGUUGGAAUCUGCUGCAGGGUGUCGGAGAAUGUGUUUGAGAAUGUGCCAGGUUAGAAUGCAGAGGAAAAAACGUAGGAGGAUAUUUUUUGUAAAUGAUAAUUAAAUUCUAGAAGCUGACAAACACCUUGUGAGCCCCAAGGAAAGUACCUGCCAUCCUGGACUCAUAUCCGAACACUGAUGGAGUUAUCUUUGCAAUGAUUUACAGUGAGGCAGAUUAAAGCAUGCACAAACACACAUCUUUACUGAGGAGCGGUGAGGCGGUCCAGACUCUCACCAUCACGACCUCCUGGAAAACACUCCAGACGUUUGCAACGACCAACCUGACGAUAUGGUUGACAAUGCUUCUGCUCUGCUCCGGUCAGCUGAGAGCACAGCUCGGGACGACCCCCAACAUUAAACACAUCGUGGUGGGACGGUGUUAUAGUUACAUCACCCUCGUCAACCCCAGUUUGAGGUUUGACUGCGAGGAGAUCUGGAGACAGUUUGAGGAGGCGGUGCUCCGUCAGUCUUCUUGCAAUGUGACGGUGGAGAAUUAUCAUCUGAUGUUUUAUUCCAUCCCUCAAACCAGGCCGUGUGACAAAUUUCUCUUCUGGAGUAAAACCAGGACUCUGAUGCAGAGCUACAAAGCUGCUGUCCGUCACUUCUGGACGCUGGAGGACACGCUGGUGGGCUUCAUGUUCAACGACCUCAUCUGGUGCGGACAAGAGGAACAACCAGGUUUUGAUUUCAGCUCUUGUCCAGCCUGGUCAGCGUGUAGGAACCACGCUGUGUAUUCUCUGUGGCUACAGGCGUCUCAGACUUUUGCAGAAAUGGCGUGUGGCAACAUCACUGUGUUAUUGAACGGCUCCAUCGUCAACGCCUUCGACAGGAAAAGCAUGUUAGGAAGCGUUGAACUGGACAACCUGAAUCCACAAAGGGUGAACUAUGUCAACAUUAAGGUGGUGGCUGAUCUACAGGGACCAUUCAUAGAGUCAUGUAGUCAAGGAUCCAUUGUCGACCUGAUCCAAAUCCUCCAGUCCAGAGGUUUCCGCUGGACGUGCACACACAACGAUCAGACCCUGACGAUUCUUCAGUGCGUCCAGAGCCCGAAACAAUCCAUCUGCCAGACAUAUGCCAACAGCCUGUCCCACAGACAGUCUCACAUCCAUCAAGUUUAACAUCUAUUCCAGAAUUAUUAUUGUGUAGUCUUGUGCUCAGUGAAGGUGCAUU